AUGGGAAGAGGAAGAGUGGAACUCAAGAGAAUUGAGAACAAGAUCAACAGACAAGUUACCUUUGCAAAAAGAAGAAAUGGUCUUUUGAAAAAAGCUUAUGAGCUUUCUGUUCUUUGUGAUGCUGAGGUUGCUCUUAUUGUCUUCUCCAAUAGAGGAAAACUCUAUGAGUUUUGCAGCACUUCAAGCAUGCUGAAAACACUUGAAAGGUAUCAGAAAUGCAACUAUGGAGCACCUGAGGGUAAUGUGACAUCAAAGGAGGCUUUGGUAUUGGAACUAAGCAGUCAACAGGAAUACUUGAAGCUGAAGGCACGUUAUGAGUCUCUACAACGCUCUCAGAGGAACCUUAUGGGAGAAGAUCUUGGCCCUCUAAGCAGCAAAGAUCUUGAAACUCUUGAAAGGCAGCUUGAUUCUUCCUUGAAGCUAAUCAGAUCCACAAGGACCCAAUUCAUGCUGGAUCAGCUGGGAGAUCUUCAACGUAAGGAACACUUGCUAUGUGAAGCAAACAGAGCUCUCAGACAAAGGGUGGAAGGGUAUCAAAUAAACUCACUCCAACUGAAUCUGAGUGGUGAAGAUAUGGGAUAUGGACAUCACCAUCAUCAUCAUCAAGGUCAUACCCAAGGUGAUGAACUAUUUCAAGUUCAACCAAUUGAGUGUGAGCCAACGCUACAGAUUGGAUAUCAUCAUGGUGAUCCAGGAUCAGUGGUGACAGCUGGGCCAAGCAUGAAUAACUAUAUGGGUGGAUGGUUACCAUGA